AUGGGGGGCUGGACGGGUUUCCUCUUCACCUACCUCCUAGGAGGCUUGACCUUCCUACCCUUGGUCGUCUUCGUCGUCCUCGCCCACGCCUACCUGACCCUCCCCUACCGACAGGAUGCCGACACGACCCGCAAUGUUGUCGCCGACGACGGCUCGAACUCCAUCGUCCAGCCCGGCGACGACCUCACGGCCUUCGAGACGGUGAAAGCUGUGGCCAAGGAUGAAGCGACGACCAAUACGACGGCGAAGCGCUCCGCCCAGGAGAACGAUGUCGCGGCGGGGUACUUUGCCGUCUGCAGAGAGUACACGCCCAUGGGGAUCAACGCGAAGCCUAUCGAGCGGACCACCCCGACCGGGUCCACUACCGUCGCCGCGCCGAGCCAGAGCGUCUAUCAGACCAUGUACAGGAGUAUCUUUGAGCGCAAGCCAGUUCCAGGGCCCCUGGACAACAGGAACGGGCUGAGCCAGCGUCCCAAGAACGCCGGCAACGUAUUCUACGUCGUGCUGAGGCACGGCCACUUGAUGCUCUUUGACGACGACGAACAACUCGAGGUCCGGCACGUAGUCUCGCUGCUGCACCACGACAUCAGCAUAUACUCUGGCGGCGACGUCACGCCCGAAGGCGAGUUGUACAUCAAGAGGAAUGCGCUAUGUCUGUCACGGAGGGCUGACGGUCCCGAGGUCGGCCCUGACAGCCAGCUCUCCAAGCCGUUUUACCUCUUCUCGGAGAACUGCUCGGCCAAGGAGGACUUUUACUUUGCCAUGCUCCGUAACCAGGAGCAAACGUUCGGCGCCGAGAGAAAAGCUCCGAAGCCGAAGCAGUUCGAGGUUAAGAACAUCAUUUCGCUCGUCCAGAAGCUGCACUCGUCAGAGGAGCAUCUGUCCACCAGGUGGUUGAAUGCCAUGGUCGGCCGAGUAUUCCUGGGGAUCUACAAGACGACGGACCUGGAGCACUUUAUUCGCGAGAAGCUCACCAAGAAGAUUGCCCGUGUCAAGCGGCCGUCAUUUCUUACCAACAUUGCUAUUCGCGGGAUCGACACCGGCGAGUCUGCACCUAUCAUUACGAACCCACGUCAUAGGGACCUGAACGUGGAAGGAGAGUGCGUGAUGGAGGCCGAUAUUCGAUACACGGGCAACUUUCGCAUCGAAGUUGCUGCUACAGCUCGUAUCGACCUUGGAGCGCGCUUCAAGGUUCGCGAAGUCGAUCUCGUGCUUGCAGUUGUCAUUAAGAAGCUCGAGGGGCACAUGCUGUUCAAGAUCAAACCCCCGCCGAGCAACAGAGUAUGGCUCUCUUUCCAGAGCAUGCCAAAGAUGGAGAUGACGAUCGAACCGAUUGUCAGCGCUCGACAGAUCACAUACACCAUUAUUCUGCGACAGAUUGAAAACAGAAUCAAGGAGGUCAUUGCCGAGACACUGGUCCAGCCGUUCUGGGACGACAUGCCGUUCUUCAACACGGAGCACAAGAAGUGGCGGGGCGGCAUUUGGGAGGACGACGAUGCGGUUGUUGGCUCGCCGAGUGUGGAGACCAAUGUUGCAGGUGAUGGCGAUGUGGAAGGUGUCGACCGUUUAGAUGUGACGGGAGACCUGCCAAGUGACAUGAGACCGUUCGAGAAGAGCCACAGCAUGCCCAUCGUCGAGAAUUCGUCACCCACCGGCUUGUUCGGCAGGAAGAUCCAGGGCAAGGGGCCCAGCAGUAACCUGAACGGCUCUUCUACGAGCGUCGACGCUAUGGGCUCUCCUACGUCAGCGACGUCAGCGACAUUUAUCCCUAAGCCGUUCAGGUCGCCGUCACUCUCGAGUCCUGCGAACCCCGUGGUCGGCACCGAUGUGGCCCACGCGGAUGUGUUCAAACCCUCGUCGUCACCGCCUGACCAUGCUUCGAGCAUGAUGGCGGCACUUUCAGCGAGGUCGACACCGGCGACGACUCCCUCCGAGGCACCAUCCAGGCCCGCACCCGUCGGCAAGGCCUCGAGCCAAUCUUCCACGUCUUCCCGCGAGGCCACGGACAACGAGAACGAGACGGAUCGCACGCCAGUAGCCAAGGAGCGACGAAGCACGGCCUCCUCGGCCGAGUCGAUGCGCAUCAACGAGUCUACUGACCCGAGCUCGCCAACCUCGUCUUCAAGGGCCUCUGUCAAGAGUGCUACGGGCUCCGUCUCAAAGGGUCUUUUCCGACGGGAGAACACGGGGAGCACGAACUCGACCAACUCGGCAAACGGCGAGACGAAACGCACCACUCUCUCAGCCGUUGCGAAUGCCGCGGUCACUGCCAGGCAAUGGGGCUGGAACGCGAUCCAGAAACACAAGGACGCCAAGAACGGCAAUGGCACGGAACAGACCCCCCCUCCGCUGGACCUGAACCAACCCAUGGGAAGAGGCCGACCCUUGCCGCCCCCGGGUACACCACUCCCGCCUCCCGAGCGGGGCUCCAAGGUCACGACGAUCCCCGUGCCGAAGCGGAAACCCAUCCCCCCGCCGAACCUCCCCGAGCGCCCGCAGUCAAACGUGUCGUCGGAGAGCAAACCCGAGCGCAGGCCCGUGCCGCCCCCACCCUUACCGUCGCGGCGUCACAUUGACACGCACAAGAACACGGACGAAGGCGGCGGAGAGAGCUUGUUAGUCGUCGAGGCGCCGCUCGACUCGGAGCCCUCGACCCCGAUGGACGAGAACAUGCCCCCGCCCGCGUACGUCCAGCCGUGGGCCGAGGACGGGUCCGAAGACGAGGAGGUCGCGGGCGCGUCGCAGGCACGAACCUACAGACACGGAGAGGACAACAGCCGCGAGGAGAAGGAGGAGAGCAGGACGCCCCCGCCUCUCCCGCAACGCCGCGGCAGGCUCGAGGAGGAAGAACAGCCCAUCGAGGCCGUCCCUGCGAGCGUGGCGGACGACGACGAGGAUUACUCUGCGUGGAUCGACGACGCCCAGGACGACUUGGUCGGGGGCGGCAGGGGAAGCGUCGAGGUCAAGUAA